AUGCGAAUUCACUCCUGUCGUUGUUCGAGACCGGCACUGAUUUUCGACAUGGUCGUCGUCGGUCAUAACGAGCGGUGUACUCGGUGUGUAAUUCGUCGUCGUGCUUCUUCUUUGAUUAGCUCUGUCCGACCAUGUGACUGCGUUUCCAUGGCGAAUUUCGUUUCCUGUUUCCGGAUUUGGGUGGCGACACCUCGCUUUGAUCGCUUGUCGUUUCUUCCGGACAAGGUUUUCUUCAGGCUAUCUGAAUCCAUGGUUUGUUCGCUGAUGACUGAUGGGAAUGACAUCAAAAUGCACCGGGUUGGAUCACGAGUCAUUUGUGGUAUUCACAAGAAACGCCUUGUUGAAAUUCCGACCAACCAGAUGCCGGGCUUGUGCCUUCCUCCUAGGAUAGUGCACCAUGCAAGGCAUGACAUUACGGAAGCAGUCGCCCACCGAGCCGUAGCCAAACAACGCAUCGAGACGAUAGGUUUUUCAAGAGGCGAGCGUGGAAUCGGUCUCAGCAUCGUCCAGGCUCAGGUAAACUAA